CUCUUCACACAAAAUCUUCAAAGCAAAGAGGGAACGGCAGGAGUUAGCAUCACAUCAGGCAAGGUGUAAAAUUGAUGGGAAUUGCUAAACGUCUGGUGUGAAUUUACCACUGAGCCUUUCAUAAAGGGAUUGACACUUGAAGGUUGUGUCAGUUUCACAGUUGUGAGAGGCAAACUCAGAUUCUUCAGAGGUCUUUCCGAUGGCAUCCAAUAUCACCGCCACCACUUCCCAGCACUCCCCCUCUGCUGCUUCAAAUCCCAUCAGCGCCUCAGCCCAGGCCGGCAUCGCCAUCUUGACCCUGGCGUUUGUGCUCGGCUUUCCCGGGAACCUUUUUGUGGUUUGGUCGGUUCUCUGCCGGGUGAAAAAGCGCUCAGUGACCUGUUUGUUGGUGCUGAACCUGUCUAUGGCGGACGCUUUUGUGUUGCUCAGCACUCCCUUCUUCCUGCGCUACCUGGCUGGAGGCCAAGGCUGGGAGUUUGGCUCGGCGGCAUGCAAGCUGGUGCAUUACCUGUCAAAUGUGAACAUGUACGUGUCGAUUUACCUCAUCUGCCUGAUGAGCAUGGAUCGCUGGCUGGCUGUAACAAGGCCUUUUCUGUCUCAGAGAAUGAGAACCAAGCGCUCCCUGUUGGUUCUCCUGCUGGUGGUCUGGGUGUUAGCGUUCAUUCUGUCACUGCCGAUGCCUUUCUACCGCAGCAAUCUGACGAAGACAUUUCCAAACAAUAUCACUCUGAGAUUUUGUGUGCCAUACCACUGGGACAGCAAUGGUCACAAGGUCUUCCAGUACCUGUUUGAGACCAUCAUGGGCUGCCUGCUGCCUUUCUCCCUCAUCAACACCUGCUACUCCUCUGUCAUCUGCCGCCUGCAAAACGUCAAGUUCCAGCGCAGAGGACAAGGCAGCCGCCUCAUCCUGCUGAUCAUCUGUGCCUUUACAAUAUUCUGGCUGCCCUAUCACAUCGUCAACAUCAUAGAGGUGGUCGGUGUGUUGCAGGGCAGUGACUCGGUGAUCAAAGCUGCCAAAACAGCCCGUCCAAAUGUCACGGCCUUUGCUUACUUCAGCAGCGCUGUCAACCCCAUCCUCUACGUGUUCGCCGGCAGCUCCCACAUCCGCCAGGCUGGCUUCAGUUUCAUGGGCAAGCUCUUUGAGGGCACCAACUCGGAGAGCAGGACCACGUCUACCUUCGCCCGCAGCGGCCGUAGCAGCUCUUCACCAGAUGAGAGCUCCGUCCUGCACGCAAUGUCAGUCAAACUGGGGAGGCCUUUCAAAGGCAAGAACAAGGAGAGCAACAGUGUGGCGGGAACGGACGGACCUGAACUCAAGACUCUGGCCAGUAUUGAGCAGUUAGAGUAGCUGACUGCUAAGCUAUGCUAUAUUUCAUUCCAGCCAUUCUCCUUGGACUACUUUCCUUAAUUUAAAUUAUUAGACACAGACUAUGUUGACUUAUAUAUGUAUAUACACAUAUAUUUGCUAUUUGCUUCAUUUGUUGUCUAUGCAGUUAUAAAAACAUCUGUCAACAGAAGCUCCAGCUCAUUGCUAGUUGAAGAAUAAACUCCUGGGAAUGUCAUGGCAAGUAGAUGGACUCUUUGAAAGCUCUUUGGAGUAUAUAUCUAUUUAACUGUGUAUACAACCUGGUCUCACUCCCAAGUCAUCAAAAACUGCAGUUCGUCAGUGGCCCCAAAAUAAAGUGUUGUGGUAUAAAAAGCGAGGGCCAUUGACCAAGUGGCAAUAUUUGACGAUUUGGGAGUGAGAAUAUGUUUGUGUAUAUUAAAAAGGAAAAGGACUGCAUAUUUAUGGAAAGCUAGCGGCAUGGCUCUAAAUGAAAAUGUUGGUCUCUUGGUCGGUGGGUUGGUCCAACACUUUGGUCCAGAUGUGAAAAUCCGGAAAUAUCUCAACAACUACUGGAUGGAUUGCCAGGAAAGUUGAAAAUCCCGGUCCCCAGAGGAUGAAUCCUAAUGGUCGUGCCACCAGUGGGUCACAGUAUUUGAAAUAUCUCAACAUUUAUUUGAUGGAUUGACUCAAAAUUUUAUACAGACCAUCAUGGUACCCAGAUGACAAAUGACUUUGAUGAUCCCCUGACAUCUAGAGCCACCAUGAAGUUGGCAUGUGGUUUUGAAUGAAAUGCCUCAACAACCUUUGGACGGAUUGUUCCCAUGAGCCUCAGUUAAUAAAGAAAUGUUUACAUGUAAACACGUUAAGCUAAGAUUGUGAACAUGGUAAAUGUUAUAGAUUGUGAGUUUGUUUCCAUGCUAGCAUUAGCAUUUUGUUCACUGUGUGUGUUCACUAAACCUCACAGGGUCACUAGCAUAGCUGUCUUGUUCAGAGAAGAAAGGACUGUUCGCAUGUAAAACCAUCACCCAAAACAUUCUUACUUGUGUUUUUUCUAAUCAAAGCAUUGUUGUUCCAGAAAUGUAGCAUUUUUUACCAUCUGUUUGUAUAAAUUAUCACAUAUAUUUCAAAUGUGUAGGAAUGGUUAUAUUUUUUUCAUUGAAUAGUAAUGUGUAUGGUCAUUUGUAGUCAAAGACAAAAGACACAAUUUGUUAACUUAAUAAAGCUUUUUUAAUAUUGAA